AUGUUACCCCGGGGUCUUGCUGCAUUCCUGCUCAUCUGUUCUCUGGUAUGGUCUACAGCUAGCGUUACAUUUAGAGGCUACAUUUACAAUUUGAGACUGCAGUUUAGGAUUUUAUGUUAAAUUAGCGGCAAAAAAGAUUAUGUUACAGUAAAACCCUCAAUAGUAUUCGGAAAAAUAGUAAUUUACUUUUCCAGACAGCCGCUCAAGACUUCUUCAACACAGACUCCUGUGGCCAAUCCCUCGGCUGUUGGUCGUUCCCAACCAACUGUAAGCCAAAAACCUGCCACGGCAUCGUGAGAUGGAAGUUGGAAGACGACAAACUGUUCAUCGACCUUCAAGUAGGCCUAGUUUGUUUCCUAUUUCGUAAUUUAGGCCAAAGACCUCGACAACUCAGCUGAUGUCGGCCGCUACAUUUCCGUAGGAAUCAGCGAAGAUGCUAUCAUGGUAAGUUAACUACGCUGUAAUGUGAAACCACUUCAUCAAACCCUUAGUUUAAUGACGUAUUUAUUUUGGAAUGACAGAGAAGUUUGAUUGAACUCUUAGAAAGUAACUUCUAAGAAAUUGCUACUGUAACUGCGUAAAUUUUAGGACAAUGAUACAGUAAUCGAGUGUGUAUUCAAAGAAGACAACCAAGUAAACGCCUUCAUCUCCUACAACGACCACCAUGACAAUGUUCAACUAUUCGACGUAAGUUAACACGACUUAAUCUUACAAAGGAAUGUUAAAAACUGACCAUUACGGAUUGAAAAACAACUUAUAUUAACCGUGCAAUUCAUAAGGUUAUCCUAGGACAACUUUGUACGCUUUUGACAUGAUAUAUGUCGCUUACCAAUCAUGAUAGUAACACUCCUUAGUUAAUUUAAACUCUAACUCUAAUAUAUCAUGUCACCAACUUCCUUACAGUAACUUUAUAACUAUUUACUGUGUCAUACCUUCAAAUUAUAUCAAACAAGAAGACUUUUUCUAGAAUUUAAUUUCAGGCGUCAACAAACUUGCUGUCAAUCGACUCAGCUGCCAGACAUGACGAACGUAUGAUGUGCAGAGUAGUGCUAGAUUACAGUAAACUCAACAAGGUACAAGAAGGAGAAAGAGAGACGGUAAAGGAUGUCAGAGAUGGGGAAUGGGUACUCAUAUUCGCUCAAGGAGCUGCCGAUUUAAAAAGUAAGUUAAUAUCAUAGAAACGGUAUACUCACAAGUAUACUGUGACUAAAUAUCAAUAAUAUCAAAAGAAUAAGAGCUAAAACAAAGAAAAAUGUAAAGUUCACUGUCCAUAAGUAACGUAAAAAACCUUUAGCUGGUGAGAAGUACAUGCACGCAUAUUACCCAUGGUCCACUCAAGAACUGGUACACUUCUGCCAAGACUGUGACCAAAGUGUUACCGUAGUCGAGAAGACCUUCCCUCAGAGAGCUAGAAGAAUGAGAAAGUAG